AUUCUUUCAACCCACUCAAUUGACUCUUAAAACGAACUAUUACCUUCUUGCCUACAUCAAAUACGGGCUAUCCUCCAAUGUUAUCUAGUACAUCAGAUCGUCGUCGUGUAAUUGAGCUAGCGAUGGUUAGGUGGUUUAUAGAGUCCUUUAGCCCAUGAUAACUAUGAUAACUAUCAUAGCUACAUCAUUCCACUUCCAAUACUAUAUCUAUUUCUGUCCCGCGUCUUCCUCAUCCCGCUCACCUUAAACUCACCUCAAGCCCACCUUACUCUAUACCGUGGACCUUAUAUACCUUACGUACAUUACCCAAUCAAUCGUUCGAAAUACCAGAUCUCGACCUUUUCGUUGCAUUCUGCCUCCACUCAAUUGUGACAUCUAUGCCGAUCUUUUCAGAAGACAAGGGGCUUUGAAUACGGCGCAUACACGUACCGACAGAAGCUGAAUUCUCACCGUUCCCAGCCACUUAACAUGGACCCAGCCAAUGACACACAAACACAGGAAAGUUUGGAACGACAGCUACAUGAUGACGACACUAAAUCGAUAGUCCACUCCGGAAAGCUCGUUUAUGCCAAACCUCAAGACCUUCCGAGCUUUCCGUCUAUUGGCCUUUUAGAAAAAGGAUCCGCAGCAAGCGCGGCAGCUGCCUUAGGCUGGACCACCAAUACGUCGCCAGAGCUGUGGAGGCCGGAUAAGUCCGCCCCAGCUUCAGCUGCCGCCGUCAUGGCCAAAGAUUAUAAACUGCCUCCUCCGUGGGAGCCAGUGCCGAGCCAACACGGCGCAAAGGCAGCUCUACUGGCAUCGCAGUCUGCUAUGGGCCCAAACAUGUCUAGGAGACCAACCGUUUCCGAUUCUGGCCUAUCUGCGGCAAACAUAGCUUUCAGAUCCGAUACUAGCAUAGCUAGUACUUCGCACUCAGCUAGUCUUGAGCAUCGCAGGUCACUACUUGCUGCAAGGGGUGCCAUGGCAAAUCGCCAGAGGGCCAUGUCGUCACCUGUCCCGAAGGAAUCGUAUCCGGACGAAGCAAAUGCUGCCGCAAAUGCCCUAAGUGCCGCCACACGGGCUCACAGGCCAGUGCGAUCUCCGACACUAAGCGAAGUGAGCGAGAACGCAGGCUCUGUUCCGUUUACAAAUAUGAAUAGGCAGAUGUUCACAUCACGGCCGCCUGUGAAACCCGAGGUCGAUGAUCAGAAGAGAGCAGAUGUCCUUCAUGCAUCGGCUCUCGCAAUGGCCAAGAAAAUGUUUACUCAGCAGCAAAAAAUGAUAGAUGCGAAAAAGGCUCAUGACAGCAGCACCUCACGGGAGCACACUGACGCUCUUAGUAGCGUUAGCGACGAUGCGCAACCCGCACAUCUUACUACUCUGCAAGACGCCGCCUAUAAGCAAGCUCAAGCGCGUCUGGCUAAGAUGCACGACGAACAUUUCAAAGAUAGGGAAUUUCAGGAAUACUACGGAGCUAAGCCAUCUAGCAGACGUUUUUCAAUUAGGGGUAAACUCAGGAAGAGAGCCUCUAGCGAUGGUGACGUUAUCGAAGACCGUAGACGUUCGCAACACAUUAGGCAACAGAUGACUCUAUUCUCCAGCAAGCUGUCCGAAGUCAACGAUCAGAAGCGGCAGCACGAUCAAGAUGCAUUGCUUGCCGCAGCCCAGAGGAACGUCCAUGAGCGCCUGAAGGGAAUAGAUGAGAAGAUAGCAGCUGAAACGGGCAUGAUGCCUCCGUCUACCUUGACACAAUGGGAGAUUAAGGCACACGCAGCAGCUCAAGCCGAGAGUGAGCAACGUAUUAGUCAAGCACACGGGAAAAUUGAUAUUGGCGCGGGGAAGUUCAUGGAGCAAGAGGAUAUCGACGCAAUUGCUGCGGCUAGGGUGAAGCCUGUCCUAGAUGAGAUCAAUGAAAAAGUCGAUGAGGAACAUGCAAGACAGACGGAGUUGCGUCUCGAAAUGGAGAAAAAGAAGGAAGAGGAAGAAAUUGAGAAAGCCCGGCAGAAAGAGAUCCAAGAAAUAAGUAAGAGGCUUAAGGAGCAAGACAAGCAAGAGCAAAAAGAGAGGAAAGCAGAAGAGAAACAAGAAGCUAAGGCGAAGAAAGAAGAGGACAAGGCUGCUAAGGCUGAACAGAAACAGGAAGCUAAAGCCAAAAAGGAGGAAGAGCGGGCUGCCAAAGCAGAACAAAAGCGGCUAGCUAGGCACGAGAAGCAGAAAUCUGCAGCUGAUCGGCACAGUGGAAGUCCGGAGGAACCCGAAGUCGAAAUAGGAACGAUUACGCUGAAUACUGCAGGACAGCCUGUCAAUGUCCCUGCGCCAGAAGUUGACGAGGUCCCUACUGAAAGCUCUGAAGAUGAAGCAGUCGACAGGGAGUCUACUUCACCUACCGAAAGGCUAUCAAAGGGCGGCGUGAAAUCAUGGCUCAAGAGUCGGUUCUCUAGAGGGAGGAAACCAUCAGAUGAGGACAAGUCUAAAGAUAAGUCGACCGCGAAGGGCUUCAUCGGUGGUGUAGCCCUCACUGGGUUGGACCGCUCAGCAAGCGCAGACAACCGCAGUGCCAGCGAACGUGCCAUAGCGAUGGCCGGCAAGGAACGAGAGCCGCGUCAGAGACGACAUACAACAAAUUAUUCCAUCGAAAACGACGGAAUGAGUAGUAACUCGAGCGAGGACGGAUGUUUCCGUGAUGAUGCAAGAGAGAUGCCGAGAACCGCGUUGACGCCUCCUAGACCUAUUAAGGACUCUUCGUCGAGCACGAAUCACAGUCCCAAUAGGAAUUCAAAGUUCAUGGAGAUGGUGUAAGGCGGUUGUUAUUUCUUCUUCCCUCACUAACCAGGAUGGUGUCUGGCGCCACUGUAUUGCCAUACACGCCUUGAGUGUGACCUGAGAUAUCUUCAAAACUAUCCUUAAGAGUGUUAUAGUGGUAUUUUAAUAUUCUAUUUUCCAAGCUCAUUCUGGGGCGUUGAAGGCUAUUGUUGUCUAGUUAGAUUGGGAAGAACAAUGACCGCAAGGAAGAGGUAUAGGAUGGAUACGUUGGGUUUAGGCCUGGUUUCUAUCUGAGUUGGUAUUAGUCGGGAUCUUGGCCUGGCGUUUGUACAGGCGGUGAUCAGAGAUCAGGGGGGUACUUCGGUUUGAUGUUCUAGCACAAUACCCCCUUUCCUUCUUAACAGGUUUGGAAUUUGGAAGUCGUUUAAUUUGAGAUUCAUUUAAUGUUACAACUCUUAUCAGCCCCAACGGCCAGAUCCCAAAACAUAUCUGGUGUUAUGCGUAUUGAUUUAGUGGACGAUUGAAAACACGGAA